GUCACUCUGCUCAGCUGCGGUCGCCAACGAGGUGCUGCAAUGGCCAUGCCCAUGCCGAUGCCGCCGCCGGGGCCGGGCGGCGACGCGCCACCGGCGCCGACGAUGAUGCCCGGCAUGGCGAUGCCGAUGACGACGGGCAUGUCCUUCACCUGGGGCCACCGGGCGGUGGUGCUCUUCCCGCGGUGGCCGGGCGACCGCGCCGGCGUCGGCAUGUACUUCCUCUGCCUCCUCCUCGUGCUCGCCCUCGCCGCGCUCGCCGAGGCCCUCUCCGCGGCGUCGCGCCGGCUCGACCUCGACCUCGACCUCUCCCGCUCGCGCGGCCGGCGGCGGCGGCGGCGGCAGCAGCUGCUCGCCGCGGGCGUCCACGCGGCCAGGAUGGGGCUCGCCUACCUGGUGAUGCUCGCCGUCAUGUCCUUCAACGCCGGCGUGCUCCUCGCCGCCGUCGCCGGCCACGCCGCCGGGUUCCUCCUCGCCCGGAGCGGCCUCCUCGGCUCUCGCGCCGCCGCGCCGGAAAUCGACGGCGCCGCCGCCGCCGCCGCCGCCACGUCGAAUGGUUCUUCUCUCCAUCCAUCGUCAGAGCCGAAACCUUAAAAAAUAUGUAAUUCUCUUCAUGCUGUCCCGUAAUUACCAGAUAAUGAAAGUUGUAGUCAAAGGAGAUUAUAUUAAAAAAAGACUGCAAAAUUGUACUGCAUCAAAAUGGUUUAUUACUGAUCGAUCGUCUCUCGAUCUGAAUUUCGUUUUCA